AGAGCUGUGAAAAGUUCGAUGACAUCAAACACGCUGGCAACAGGAAGUGACGCAACACGCUUACCGUCAGAGUUCUGUCACAUAGAGCCUUGAGUUGGUUAGGCCCCUCUGGGUGCGGUUGUUGACUUCUACCCGAUGAUGAAGAGGAAACGAAACCCAACGAAGUCAGCCUUUGAAGAUUUCAUCAAGAAGGAAACCGGCGGAUCAGAUUCAAACAUUUAGCACAUUAGUUCUCUUCAUAUUCUAACCAUACAGGUAAUAAAAUGGAGAACCGAAGACAUACGAGGAACAUGUCUGCUGCAAGGAAGGAACUUCAGGAGGCCAUGUGCUGCUACGUCAACGACACCCUCAUCUACGUCAACACAGUGAGAGAAUUCUGUGAGCGGGUCCAUAAGUGGACGCUUGGGAGGAAGAUCGAGUUGGACAUGAUGAUGGACAUCAAAGAAAGAGCUGAAAACAUCAGCCCAAACGUCAACCACGUCACCCAGUCCAACAACAAAGUCCAGGCCUUUUUUCGGUACAUAGGGAGCAAGUUCACCCAGGUGACUGCAGACAGCAGGCGCGCCGAGCUGGAGGCGGAGCUGGCCGCCGUGCUGAAGGACACUCUGGGAGGUCUGGAGGAGCUCCACUGCUUUCUGGACGCAGUGGAGAACCUGGCGGUCACCUCGCUUCAUGUUUUCAUGGACCAGAACUCCAUGUUGCAUCUGCCAGAAGGGAUCCGCCCAGAAGACGUUCAGGUUGUGAUCAGCGCUGCACAGAUGACCUGCCAUCUCCUCAUCGGGUUCAGAAGAGAUGCAACAGCCUUCUUCCUUCCCAAACUUCACAAUGUGGAGGUGCUCUCGUAUCAGCUGGACAAGUACAUUACAACCACACAGACAAUCUGUGAGAAGUUAGAGAAAAGCUCCCUCAGUGACUUCUGCAUAGAGAUGAACGAUGAAACCCUGGUGGAUCUUGAUGUGGAUUUGUCUGAAGAUGAUAUUCAAAGGAUGCUUCGUCACAUUAAGGAUCUUGAGGAAAUCAGGAUGAACCAGAGCUUCCGGACGGUGUUCUUGUUUCAGGGGGAAUGUUCUAACUUCAUCUCUGAAUUUGAAGAGCGACAGCCUCGGAUGCUUCAGUUUCUUGAAGACCUUGAGGAGAAUGCUGUUCAGCUGGACCAGAUGAAUAAGGGGGCAAAGAUCUCUAGUGUGGUAGGCAGCUCAGUGGGGGCAGCUGGAGGUGUGCUUUCCAUCAUCGGUUUGGCAUUGAUUCCUGUAACAGCUGGAGUGUCUCUCGCUCUCACAAUGACUGGGGUGGGGAUGGGAAUCACCAGCGGGGUCAACGGAUUGGUCACCACUGCCACAGAGAUUGGUGUAAACCAUAAACAUCAAAAGCAAGCCGGGGAGAUCUUCCAGAGCUUCAUGGAGGAUGUGCAGAUUCUCCAGGAUUGUCUGGAGGAGGUCAGCAAGAAGGUUUCAAGCCCAGAAGAUGUGGUUCUGGGAGUAGGCAUGGCGCUAUACAACGUUGGUGCUAUUGGAAAAGGCAUCGAUGGACUUGUGGAUGCGACCAAAGCUGUUAAGAUUUCCGGGUCGGCAAGGGCCGGUCUCAUCGGGCUCAACGCUCUCUUCCUGGGCAUGGAUAUCUUCUUCAUCUGCAAAGACAGCAUCGGUCUGGCCAACGGCAGCGAGACCGAAGUCUCACAGUUCAUCCGAGCCAGAGCCGCACUUUGGCGCUCCGAGUUGGACUCAUGGCAGAAGAUCUAUGACUUCCUGUGCAAAGGUCUGCCGACAGCAGAGGAGAACAAAGUUAUCCUGGAGACGCCAUUUUAUCCAGAGAAGGGAAUGAAGAAACAUGGAGGAAUUGGAAGGAAAAGUUGAUGAAAAAGAAAAGAUGAAUAAGAAAAGUGUUGUGCAGUAGUGCUUCAGUGACCACAGAGGAUUAUCAACUCUUAAAUUGUGCUCUCUUACAGCAAAAUAUGCAAAUCAUGUUCUAUUCAUUCAGUAUGUAAAGCUAAAUAUGCACAUUCUUCUUGCACAAAUCGAUGAAUAAGAAUUUUAAAAUGUGUUUUUCUGUUAAUAAAAUUAUCAUGAUAUGAAUGAAUAUUAUUAUAUAAAUACUUUCAGAUGUACAAUAUUGUCCAAUUGUUGUUGGUAACGGGUACUGCAGGAAUAUCGCUUGUGCGAUUUUUACUCAAUUGAUUUUCUGUUAUUAUUUCUGUCCUUGCGUUUCUGCUUCAUCACAUUACAGACUUGAUCAAUAAAAUGAAUUUGAACCCAAAA